CCUAUAUUUUGUAGAUAUUUACAUUUUUGUCUCAAAACCCUCUUAAAAACAUUUUAUCUAAGUGAUAUUUUAAGAUCUUAUUUGAUUUUAAUAGUUUAUAAGUUUUUGAGAUUUGAUAUUGGUUUGUGGUAGAAUGAUGGUGUAGAUGUAAAAAGUAGGGUUGGAAAUGGUAUUGAGCUAAGAAGACCCUAUAAGUAAGUUAUUAUCCCAUCAUUAUUGUUUUUAUUUUUAUGCCAACCAUCCCAAUCAAAUGUGAUUCUAUUUUUGGUAAAGCCACAGUAGACUAGGAAUAUCAUAAGAUUGUUACUAUUUUUUUUUUAUUAUAUUUUAUUUUGAACUAAUUAAAUUUAUCGAAUAUAGACUAUAGACUCUAGAAAACAUCUACAACAUAUAAAACAAUCUUACAUAAAAUCUCAAUCUUCACAAGCUUUAAUCAAUACGGUUUUAUACACAGGGUGUUUGAAUGUUUAUUAUUUAAAAUUUAAAUUUAAAUUUAAAAUAAUUUAUAAACAAGGCAACCAAACAAUAUUUGAUUGAAAAUAGAGAUAUAUAAGCUAAUUUUGUGUUUUAUUUAAAAUAUGAAGAGAAAUUAGUGGUACCCAUGUUUACAAGAUGAAACCCAUCCAACGAUCCACAUCCAAUCGGUUUCAUGUUAUAAUCCCUCCAUCGUUUCGAUUCGAUUUCGGGUUCUGUUGAAUAUUUCAUUCCGCAAUUCCAUCCAUCUCUCUCAUCUCCCCCCUCAUAUCAAGCCAUUUUUCUAGGUUUCCCUCAGGUAUGAUUCAUUCCUUUUCUUCAUUAAUCCAUUUUUACUUCACACGUUCACCUUCUGCUACAUUUCGAUCCCUAUUCUGUUCUUUUUCUUGGUAAAACUUCUAACAAUUUUAGCGUCACUCUUAUUUAAAUUGAUUAUAUGCAUGUAUCAUAUCUAUCUUUUUGAUGUAUAAUGUGAAGUGCGUUUUCUUCGUUCUUUUGUGUGAUUAUUGCGGAUUUUUUUGCUUUUGCUUCAUUGAUGUUGAUUGAAAUGACUAUGGAACCUAAUUUUGUGCGAAUUGCAUUUUCUUCAUUCCUGUUCUGAUCUGACUUAAACUGUUGACGAUCUGAAACCGUUAAACAUAAAGUGAAAUUCGUUAUAUGAAUCCACGUACAGUUCUUUCAAUCAUGUCAAUGUCGUAAAUCCUCUAUCAUGUAGUUAACCAUUUUUCUGAUCGGAGAAAUAUUGAUUGAAACAAUUGUUUGUAGAAUGGUAUGAUAAUGAAUUAAUGAUGCAACAAACUGAUGUUAAUGAGCGAAAUCUUCUCAUUCUUUAAUAUAUGCUAUUGCAUCUGAUUCUAUUGAGGUAGCAUAACAUGGCGGACGGUGAGGAUAUUCAACCACUAGUCUGCGAUAAUGGAACUGGAAUGGUCAAGGCAGGGUUCGCCGGAGAUGAUGCACCACGAGCUGUGUUCCCAAGUAUCGUCGGUCGUCCCCGUCACACUGGUGUGAUGGUCGGAAUGGGCCAAAAAGAUGCGUACGUCGGAGACGAAGCUCAAUCCAAAAGAGGUAUUUUGACCCUAAAAUACCCAAUUGAACAUGGUAUCGUUAGCAAUUGGGAUGACAUGGAGAAAAUCUGGCAUCACACUUUCUACAACGAGCUCCGUGUUGCUCCUGAAGAACAUCCCGUUCUCCUUACCGAAGCACCAUUGAACCCUAAAGCUAAUCGUGAGAAAAUGACACAAAUCAUGUUUGAAACAUUCAAUACUCCUGCUAUGUACGUCGCAAUUCAAGCUGUCCUUUCUCUCUAUGCUAGUGGUCGUACAACCGGUAUCGUCUUGGAUUCCGGCGAUGGUGUGAGUCAUACUGUUCCGAUCUACGAAGGUUACGCUCUUCCACACGCCAUCCUCCGUCUUGACCUCGCCGGACGUGACCUUACCGACGCCCUAAUGAAGAUCUUAACCGAACGCGGCUACUCUUUCACGACAUCAGCAGAACGUGAAAUCGUUCGAGACAUGAAGGAGAAGCUCGCCUACAUCGCGCUAGACUACGAGCAAGAGCUGGAGACUUCCAAGACAAGCUCCGCCGUGGAGAAGAGCUACGAGCUGCCCGACGGGCAGGUGAUCACGAUCGGAGCUGAGCGUUUCCGGUGCCCGGAGGUUCUGUUCCAGCCUUCGAUGAUCGGAAUGGAAGCUGCUGGUAUUCAUGAAACUACUUACAAUUCCAUCAUGAAGUGCGAUGUGGAUAUCAGGAAGGAUCUGUACGGAAACAUUGUUCUUAGUGGUGGUACGACUAUGUUCCCUGGUAUUGCUGAUAGGAUGAGCAAGGAAAUUACCGCUUUAGCCCCGAGCAGCAUGAAGAUCAAGGUCGUCGCCCCUCCGGAAAGGAAGUACAGUGUCUGGAUCGGAGGCUCCAUUCUUGCAUCCCUCAGCACUUUCCAGCAGAUGUGGAUAGCGAAGGCGGAAUAUGAUGAGUCUGGUCCAUCGAUUGUGCAUAGGAAAUGCUUCUGA